AUCAUCAUCAUCAUCAUCAUCAUCAUCAUCAUCAUCAUCACCAUUCUCCACCUCCUUAUCAUCGUCGUCCUCCUCAUCAUCAUCAGCGGGAUUUGGCCAGAAGAAAAAAGGAACAAUGCAUGA